CAUUUGACAACAGUAGUUGUCAUCUGUGGUUCAUGUGGACAUUACAUGAAAGUUUCAACUUAGCCGCUUAAAUCAAAAGUUUUUAACCGUAUGUAACUUUUUAUAAGUUUUUAAAAUUUGUGUAUUUACUUAAGAUGGGAGACGAAUCACAUGAUAUCGAAAAUACGCAAACUCAGACACAAAACUCUCAAGUCGAGUGGAGUCAAACAAAUACUCCAUCUUUUAUUCCUAAUAUUUGGGGAAGAUUAUAUUCAACGAAAGUGUCUUUAAGUGGUAGAUUUUGUUGGAAGACCGAGACUGAGCAGCAAAUUCCAGAAUAUUAUGACCUAAUUCAACCAGAAUUUUCACUUGGAAGAGCUAUAGAUUGUACCUUUGUAAUAAAAAAAGAUAAAAUUAAAGAAAGUAUUAUUAAAAAUGUGAGCAAACGACAUUUUGUGAUCAAAAGAGACAUGAGUGAACCACUCAGCCCAGCCAUUAUUACUGACUUGUCUCACAAUGGGACAUUUGUGAAUGGUUUGAAAAUCGGAAAAGGAAAAAGCAGAGUUCUCGAUGACAACGAUGAAAUCUCACUUUCCAAUGCUGUUGUUAAAAUAUUCCUUUUUAAAGAUCUGCUGAAAAAUGAACAGGAUAAAGCACCGAAAGAAAUAUCUGAAAAGUUUUAUAUAUCAAGAGUACUGGGACAAGGGGCAUGUGGGGUCGUUAAAUUAGUAUACCACAAAACUAAAUGUACAAAACAUGCCAUGAAAGUUAUAAAAAAGAGUAGACUGACAAACGGACAAAUACAUAAUUUAAAUGAUCCAGCUAAGAUUAUGAAUGAGGUCAACAUAUUGAAGGCUUUGAAACAUCCAUUUAUAAUUUCCACCGAAGAAGUGUUUGAGUCCUCCGACGCAGUAUAUAUUGUAUUGGAACUGAUGCAGGGCGGUGAAUUGUUUGAUAGAAUUUCAAAGCAAGGACGUCUAUCUGAGAGAUUAACUCGUUUUCUGUUCCGUCAAAUGGUUCUAGCGGUCAAAUAUUUGCACUCUCAAGGCAUCACUCACAGAGACCUUAAGCCUGAGAAUGUUUUAUUGGAGAGUAAAGAAGAAGAAACCCUAGUCAAAAUAACAGAUUUUGGUCUGAGCAAGUUUGUUGGUGAAGAUAGUUUCAUGAAGACCAUGUGCGGAACACCCUUAUACCUGGCGCCCGAAGUACUGCGGGCAAAUGGACAUAACAGUUACGGGCCCGAGGUGGAUGUAUGGAGCUUGGGAGUCAUCUUCUUUGUUUGCUUGGUGGGCUAUCUACCCUUUUCAUCUGAUUAUAAAGAGUUAUCUCUCCGGGAUCAAAUCUUGAGUGGGAAAUAUCGUUUUUCACACACACAUUGGAGAGGCGUCAGCUUGCAAGGAAAAUUACUCAUGAAAAGGAUGCUCACUGUAAAUGUUGAAAGACGGAUUACCUUGGAUCAAAUACUUAAUCAUAGCUGGAUGCAAGAUGACGAUAUUAUCAUAAGGAUAGACAGGUUGAUGUCUCAAACUAGAUUCAAUGGAAUGACAUUAUCUAAUUCUGACGAGGAAAAUAAUAAUGCUGACAAUUUGACCGUUUUGAAAAUAACCGCGAGCGGUAAGAGGAGCCACAACGACAGUUUCAAUACAUGUGAACCGAUACCUAAGAAGCUUAGGGUUGCCAUAUAUCCCGAAGUUACCAUGAAUGAUAACUCGAGCUCUACCAAUAGCUGUGUCUCCGAAGAGUGAUGUUUUCACAAUGUUAUUAUUUUUUUUAAUGUUACCAGAAUUCUCGUUUUCUAUUUUCAAUGUAACGCCAUUGUUUAUUAAUGUAUAAACAAAACUAAUAGGUGUUGUAUAGUUUCUUAUGAAUGAUUAUUGUUUUAAAUGAUUUUUCUUUUAUUUGUGUUAAAAGUGAUUAAUUUUUUUUUAAUUUGAACAGAAAUUUGUGAUGAUACCAUAUGAUGCAUUCUCGAUUCACGACUGCAUUUUUUUAAUGUAAUUGACUGAUUCAUUAAAAUUUUUAGACUUAAGGAACCUUGAGGGUUCCGUUGCUGAGACCCAGUUGAUGUUCUCAACAUUGUGUGAUAGUAAUUUUACUGACCAAGGAAUUUUGUGAAACGUUCUUUUGUAACCCACCGAUAGUCUCGCAUUUUUAUCAUGUUUCUCCUUUUGCAAUGUGAUAUGACAGCAGGUAUGUUUGUUGUUUAAUAAAAAUAUUCAGUUAUGAAAAAUAAA